AUGGUGGUGCUCGUGAUGAUCAUUGUGAUGAUGUCCUUCGUUGUGAUGCUCGCUGAGUUCCUCGUGGUGGGCGUGGUGUUCGGGGUGGUGUUGCGUUUGGUGCAGCACGACGCUCUAUAUCGCUGGAGUGAUACAGUUGAGGCGGAUCUUCGGGCACUUCAUGCCGAUGACUUGCGAGAAGUGGCGAAGGAUCGGGUAGUUUUUUAUAUACGCAAGCGUGAGGAUGAGGAAGACUCGAAUGACGUCCUAAAUUGUCUAUUUGCUUCUACGUUCCCUAGAAAUGCUGUCGAUUUCAAAUGCCGGUUGCAUUGUGCUCUUAAGACAUAUAACAAGAGCUUUCAAUUUUUGAUUAUAAGUGCGUACCUAUCAGAAUUUUUUAUUAUAAUUAUUUUUUUAUAUUCUCAGGUCUUUCUUUUCGCCACGCUUCUUGCUGUAGUAGCCGCCCAACACGGACACCACCAUGACCACCACGGUCACGCCUCCUCAUCACAGAGCCUCCACCAGCACCACUCACAUGGCACUGAGAAACAUGUCGAGUACUAUGGUCACCCUAAGUACGAGUUCUCUUACCAAGUGAAGGACCCCCACACACACGACAUCAAGUCCCAGCACGAAACGCGCGACGGUCACGCCGUGCACGGCGAGUACAGCCUGCACCAGCCCGACGGCAGGGUCAGGACUGUCAAGUACCACGCCGACCACAAGACUGGAUUCAACGCCGACGUACACUACGAGGGUCACGCCACACACGCUGUUCCAGUACACCACCAUGACCAUCAUUAAUUCUACGAUAUCUAAAUAGUACCGAUUGUUGAUUUUUUGUUUGUAAUGACGUUUAUAUUUUUUUUUUGAAUGUAAUGUAACGUAUUAUCGUAUUAAACUAUAAAAUUCCGAAUAUAAAGUUAAUGCAUCUCUUCUCCGUUUAUCCCUGCAAAAUUAUCGAGUACUUACCUACUUUGCUUUGAUGAGUACCUGUAAUCACUUAGAGAUUUAAGAGUUAGUACAGCUGUAGAGAAACACACAAUAGCAGAGGUUUCCAAUUUAUUGAAUAUUUUUAAGCCUUCUUUGCAAACACUGAUUGCACACAACGAGAUUCUUUCUAUCAGAAGGAGUUUUCAGAAAGACGCCGAACUGCACCCUUUACAUUCAAGCUUCCACUGAAAAUUGCCACCGAUAACGAACAACAACAUUUUAGUGUUUCUAAAUAGAACAACAACAACGCACAAAACGUCUGUACAAGCACUUGA